CCCGCGGGCUGUGGCCACGCGCGGCGGUUCCGCUUCCCCUCCGGCUCCUGCCGCCGCCGCCGCCUCGGUGGGUUCCCGACGCCGCCGCCAUUGCAGAGGCGCCGAGUGGCGGCCGCGCCCCGCUCAGCCCGUCCGUCCUCCGAGGCGGCAGGCGCCGCCCCAGCUCGUGCUUUCACUAGCUAUUGGGAACCAUGUCUGUCAACGGAGAAGUGGAAGACAAGCCACCAGCUCCUCCUGUCCGGAUGAGCAGUGCUAUCGUCACUGCAGGGGGUAAAGACCAGUUGUCUGCCAACCACAGUUUGAAACCCCUGCCCUCUGUACCAGAAGAGAGAAAACCUAGGAAUAAAAUCAUCUCCAUAUUCUUUAUCACUGAAAAAGGAAGCAAGAAGAAGGAAAAGGAAAGGCCAGAAAUCUCCCCACCAUCAGAUUUUGAGCACACCAUCCAUGUUGGUUUUGAUGCUGUUACUGGAGAGUUCACUGGAAUGCCAGAGCAAUGGGCUCGGUUGCUUCAGACCUCAAAUAUCACAAAGCUAGAACAGAAGAAAAACCCCCAAGCGGUACUAGAUGUGCUGAAAUUCUAUGACUCCAAAGACACAGCAAAACAGAAGUACCUGAGUUUUUCUGCUCCAGAAAAAGAUGGUUUCCCUUCAGGAUCACCAACGACCAAUGCCAAAGGAGAACCAUCAGCAGCUGUGGCAGAUGAUGAUGAAGAUGAUGAAGAAGCUCCUCCUCCUGUUAUUGCUCCACGGCCCGAUCACACAAAAUCGAUCUAUACACGGUCCGUAAUUGACCCCAUCCCUGCGCCAGCCGGUGACACUUCUGUUGACAGUGCGGCAAAAUCAGGUGAUAAGCAGAAAAAGAAGACCAAAAUGUCAGAUGAAGACAUCAUGGAAAAACUACGCACUAUUGUGAGCAUAGGAGAUCCCAAGAAAAAAUACAACAGAUAUGAGAAAAUCGGGCAGGGGGCUUCAGGUACAGUUUUCACAGCUAUUGAUGUGGCGACAGGGCAGGAGGUUGCUAUUAAACAGAUAAACCUGCAGAAACAGCCUAAGAAGGAGUUGAUUAUUAAUGAGAUCUUGGUAAUGAAAGAGCUGAAGAACCCCAACAUUGUCAAUUUCCUGGACAGUUACCUCGUAGGAGAUGAAUUGUUUGUGGUGAUGGAGUAUCUGGCUGGAGGCUCGCUAACAGAUGUGGUCACAGAAACUUGUAUGGAUGAAGCACAGAUAGCUGCUGUUUGCAGAGAAUGCUUGCAAGCACUUGAGUUCCUACAUGCCAACCAGGUCAUCCACAGAGACAUUAAGAGUGACAACGUGCUGUUAGGAAUGGAUGGAUCUGUUAAACUAACCGACUUCGGUUUCUGUGCUCAGAUCACCCCAGAGCAGAGCAAGCGGAGCACUAUGGUUGGAACUCCUUACUGGAUGGCUCCUGAAGUGGUCACACGGAAAGCAUAUGGCCCUAAAGUGGACAUCUGGUCUCUGGGCAUCAUGGCUAUUGAGAUGGUAGAAGGAGAACCCCCAUACCUCAACGAAAACCCCCUGAGGGCUUUAUAUUUGAUAGCAACAAAUGGCACGCCAGAGCUGCAGAAUCCUGAGAAACUGUCACCAAUAUUCCGGGAUUUCUUGAACCGAUGUUUGGAGAUGGAUGUCGAGAGAAGAGGAUCAGCCAAAGAAUUGCUACAGCAUCCCUUCUUGAAACUGGCCAAACCUCUGUCUAGCUUGACGCCAUUGAUCCUGGCAGCCAAAGAAGCAAUGAAGAGUAACCGCUAACAUUACUGCCACAGCCUUCAUCCUUUUUUCGUUUGUAUUUUACAAAUCUUUAUAAUAUAUGAAAUUUUUACACUUCUGGGGGAGGGAAGGGAUUGGAGGGGUGGGACACGGGACAACACACGUCUGUGAAAGGGAAGAAACUCUCAUCCAGAGGAUGCCCAAAAUAAAUUAUGGUGACUCCAGCGAUCCCUGUCUGGGGUCCAGAAGGAAUUGAGGACUGAAUUACUGGCCUUUUUUUUUUCCUUUUAUUAUUUCCCUCCAGAAACCUUAGAAAUGCCACUUAAUGUGCCCAAGGUUUUAAGGGUUGUUAACGACUUUGCUGUAACAGCUCCCAUUCAUUGUACCCCCUUGUCUGGGUACUUUCAAUACUUGAAUGACAGAUUCAAGCUUUCAGAGAGCAGUAGUAAUUUUACCUGCUGAUCUCUUUCACACUUCUCUUCCUCCCCUCUACCUGUUUAUUUUUAAAUCACUCUAGUAAAGCUCCCAUAUGACAAGAUGCACAGUGAGUGUGACAAAUGUGAAUGUGCGUCUUGCCUGUCAUUUCAUUUAUGGAUUAGUUGUCAGAGUACUGUAGGAUUGGCAGUUCGGCUACUUAAAACAUGGUAAUGUAUUGAAACAUUUUUCACUUCUAAGAUAAAUAUGGAGAGAGGAGGAAGACAAGUAUUCAUCUGUUUCUUAUGUGCCUGUGCUCUGUGGACUUUUAAUCAAAGAUGUGGCCUCUUUGUAGAAACUUAAUGAUUGGUCAAGUCUUUGGAUGUCGGUUUAUGGAUAUGUAGUUAGGGGUCAGAUACUUUAUUUAUGAUCAAAUGAUCAGCUAUAGUCAGGGCAAGAAAAAAAAUUCCAGCUGUCUUCCUGUCUGCUCUUUUUUUACCCCAUUAGAAUUGUUGGCCAGAAGCUUAAGGGAUAAUGUGCUUAGUGCGGUGGAUGGUUCAAAAAUGUAUUGUAUCUGUGCUCUGACUUGGGCUUUGGAAGUUAUGCUGGUGCCUUUGACUUUUUUAUUUUACAUUUCUUUUCUUUGUAUCAAAUACAUUUAUGUAUAUGUUGUAUUUCUCCCCCCAAGCAAAUAAUCCAUCAACCUAUGGAGUUGUCAGAGUUUAAGUAUUAGAGCUAUUUUCCCCAGUUUCUUAUGUGCUCCAUUUGUACUAAUGAAAUCAGAAGAACAAGUAAUCAGAUCUGAGGACACUGAAGAUACAGGAUUUUUAAAUAGGAUUCAAAUGGAAGAUUAUGAACACCUGGAGUUGCCAAAGUGCUGUUCCGAGAAGAUGAAAGCUGCUAGGGGAGAACAGUGCUGUCAGAUGUUCAUGGGGCUUAUUUGACCAGCUAGUUCGAGGCUGAGGAGACGUGAUGUGUCACACUGACCCUUUCUCACCUAAAGACAUUAUACCAGCUAGAAUGGCUGAAGUCAAACAUUCAAUGCAAGAAAAAGUGCCUCACUCUGAAGGACAGUGAGUGACUUGAGCAGUUGAAUUCUUGAGGUUACCAGGGUCAAGUGUAGAAGAGCCUGUGCCUGUGGCUGCUUCCAGCACUACAGUCUGUGUAUUUCAACUUCUCCAACAGUUUAACGAAGAGCUAACUGUAGUAACAAAGUGCCAAAUGAUUCUGUGAAAUAACAACCAUUAUUUUAGUGGGGUUUUAUUGCAUUCCCAGUAGGGCAGGACCUGGGACAGGUAAGGUUACAGCUGCGUAUGGGUGGAGGACCCUGAAUAAGAAUUAUUUGCACACUUUUACAAAUGUUGCUGGCAGAAGAUAGAGGUCAUUUCAGAUAAUUUCAGUAUUUGUAUAGUAAUAGAGAGAACUCUGUUUUGGGAACUGGUAGCCAAGGUAUGACAGAACCACCUUCCAGCUGAGAGCAGUUGGAGGCUGUUUGUGUUGAUGAUGGAGGGGAAGCAGGGCAUUGGUGUGGUACCAACAAGAUGCCUUUGUUAUGCAGGGCACUGCAGUGUCACAGUUCAGCGUGUGUUCUGCUCAGGCAUGGUAGUAAACUUCUAAGUUGGGUAAGUUAUGUUACUUGUUCCAUCACAGGAAUUAAUCCCUCUAGCUAUAAGCCUAAGAAGAGAGUUCUGGUUUUAAACUCAAGUGUCUUAUUCCAGGCAAGGAAAUCUAGAUGCAUUUCCCAGGCAAAAUGUAUUGUGAGCCAUAGACACUGUGAACACUGUAGUGGCAAUGCCCCUGGUUUGAGUAUGUCUGGCUCCCUGAUCAAAUGAAGUAGUGAGGAGGCUUGGCUGAGAGAAAAAACCCUGUCAUACCAAUGAUUCCCCCUUUGUCCAUUGCUGGCAAUGGACUUUGUGAAACUCCUUGUGCCAGAGUUAAACUGGGAACUUUUCUUUCUUCUUUCUUUUUUCCUUUUUACUUUUGAUGGCACAAUCUAGACAGUAAAAUAACUUGUGGUAAAUUUAGGGUUUGUUGUUUGUUGUUUUUUUUUAUAAAA